AUGGGGAUUAGUAAAACAGCGCAGCGCUCAGUCACCAUUCCGCUGCUGCCAGUUUCACACAGCCCUUCGAGUUCAAACCCCUACAUAUCGCAGCCUAUUACAUCGAGAUGGGCAUCAAAAUUGGUACUUGUUCACCGUGUUUUGUUAUUCGCAUUAGGGAUAGUCACCUUGAUAUGCGUCGUCAUGGCCACAUCCCUCGUUCCACAACCCCCAAAAAUCAGACUCAACUCGCUCUUCAUGUCCAAACUUAACAUCUCAAGAGGAAGGCUAGGUGCCAACUUUGACGUAACCUUCACAAUAGAGAACCCUAAUCUGGUUUCAUGGGUGCGCUUUAAUCGCUUAGAUGGUUCAAUUUCGUACAAAGAUAACGUCAUCCUGACAUACUCGUUGGAGCCAUUUGUGUUGGGAUUGAAGCAGCAAAGAACGAUGCGCGUAAAGAUAUCGACAACGGGGUUAGAAGAUGAUGAUCAACCAGUUGUGGAGGAAUGGGUGUUGGACGAGGUCAAAAGGCAACGUGAAGAUGGGGCUGUGGAAUUAAGCAUGGAAAUGUUUGCUUGGGCUACGUACAAGACUGGUUGGUGGGGAACACAAUUUGUUAUAAUGAACCCUCAAUGUUUGGAUUUGAGGGUUGGUUUCUUGCCUAAAGUAGGGUUCGGAAGCUGGAUUAGUGGAGGGCCUAUGAUGUGCUCGGUUCCCGUGCUAAUUGACUAA